AUGAAAAAGAAAAAAGAAAUUCAGAGAAGGCGAAGAAAAACAAAGGAGAAGCGAGCGAAAAUAAUGCAAAAGGGAUUUAAAAACAAAAAGGGGAGAAAAAGAAAAUGGGAAAAAGUCAGAAGUGAUAAUGCAAAAGAAAAAGAGGUUAAAAAGGGCCAGGGUGAAUUGGGUGACGGCGUAUGGACGGAGAACAUGGAGUACAAAAUGGAAAAAUACCGAUACCGACCGGCCGGCCGACCAUGGUCAGCUGCUCAGCGGCUGGGUGAAAACGAGAGAGGCCAUAUUAACAACAAGAGCUGCCAUGUUGUGGACAUCGAUCUCUUGUCAAGCGUGGAGAACAAGAUCUUAUCCACACCGUCGGCUAUGGGGGGAGGAGGUAGUACAAAACGAGAAGGUGGGAAAGAGACAAAGUUCAGCACCGGCAAGUCGGGAAGAAUCAACUCCAGCGGGAGCGAAGUUGAUGGUAUCGAAGGUCAGGCUCCCCCCUCGCUCUGCCCCCAAAGGGCCGAAGGGGGGAGGAGGGAGGAUGAACCGCUGGACCUGUUGAUGGAGCAGAAGCUUCUGCUACCUUCGGCGCACGGCCAGUCAUCUUGA